AUGACCACCUUCGACUUCGUGCCGACCAACCAGAGCGCGUAUUUGCCAUCGUCGUAUCCGAUGCCGGGCCAGUUCGAAGCAAGCCUCCAGUCAUCCGAGUUCCUGCGAAGCAUAUUCAACAACCCCAACACGCCAGCAAACGGCCAUCGCAACAGCGAGCCCGCGACGCACCUGCAGCAUCUCAACAUGUCCCACCAACAACAGCAGCCCGACACGCUCCUCCUCCCCGCGCACCACAUCGUCUCGCCCGCAUCCUCGAUCGGCUCCGGCUCUGGCUCUUCUGGCCCUUCCUCUCCCUCGAGCGGGCCGUAUACCCCAACCUCCGCCCUGCUCUCCUCGUCGUCCUCGUCGUCCUGGCAUCACGGACACCACAUGGACGCUGCGUGCGAUCCGACGAGCCUCGAGGCACAAGCACAGGCCGAGAUGGACCUGCAGAUGGAGAUGCAGGUGCAGCAGGAGUUCGCCGCCUUCUCGUGGGGCGGCGGGCCCAACGCGCUGUGGGGCACUGGCGAACCUGCCGUUCUGAUGGGCGACGACUUCGACAUCAACGCGAUCCCGCCCAUCGAGCUCCCGUUGACCAAGUACACCGAGAACCUCGCGUUGGGGGCCGGCCCAGAUGGCUCAGGCCUCGAGUUUGGGCAGGACUUCGCGUGUGCGCUUGACGCCGGGUCGCAGUACCACCACCACUACAACGACGGGAGCCAGGGCACGGGUGGGCUCCUCUUCGACGACAUGAUGGCCGGCCACGGGUUCUAA